AUGGGUGACUACACUCCAGGAUUCGAGCAACGCGACAGUGACAAUCGCAGUUUCGGACAUUCACGUCUUCCAACUCUCGGAGCGAUUCCUGUAAAAAAUGAGAAAGGACAAACUGUGAUGCAGAAAGUGAAAGUGUCGAGAUAUGUAGCUGGAAAAGCGCCAGAAUAUGCUCGAAAUUACGACAGUGAUAGCGAUGAAUCUGAUCACGAGAAACAACGAGAAGACGAGAGACGCAGACGUCGUCAUCGUGAAAGCAGUGACGAAGAAGACCGAAGAAGCCACAGAAGGCAUGAAGAUUACGGUAGAAGGCGUCAGGUUGAACGUCCUGAAGUUCUUGGAAAAGAAGAAGAAGAGUCAUCUGGAAAAGAGCAGGAUUCAGAUGAAGAUGAAGAUGAAAAGGAGGAAAGACGCCAAAGAGUCAGAAUGAGAAUGCUGGAAUUGCAGAGAAAUAAUGGAGAAAGAGAAGAAGAACAGGAGGAAGAAGAUGAAUCAGAUGAAGAAGAGUUUGAAAGAAAACGUCAGAGGAUAAGGGAACAAAUGAUGAAAAAAGAGGAAAUGAUGAAAAGAGAAAUUAAAGAAGAGCAAGAGGAAGACGAGAUGGAAGAGGAAGAAGAAGAAGAGAGUAGCGAAGAAGAGGAUUCCGAUGAAGACGUUGAUCCAGUGCCAAGACUGAAGCCAAUCUUCACCAGACCUAAAGAUCGUAUUACUUUACAAAAAUUAGAAAAGGAGAAAGAAGAAGAAAUGAAAAGAAAAAUAGAAGAAGAGAGGCGAGCUGAAGAAAGAAAACGAGAAAGUGCGAAAUUAGUUGAGAAAGUUCUUCAAGAAGAAGAGGAAGCCGAGAAACGAAAAACAGAGGAUCGCGUGGAUUUGGAUUCAGUUCUCACCGAUGAUGAGACUGAGAAUAUGGCUUAUGAAGCGUGGAAGUUGAGAGAAAUGAAACGAUUGAAGAGAAACCGCGACGAACGUGAGGCUGCUGCUCGUGAAAAGGCUGAACUCGACAAAAUCCAUGCAAUGACCGAAGAGGAACGUGUCAAAUAUCUUCGAUUGAAUCCGAAGAUUGUGACAAAUAAACAAGACAAAGGAAAAUACAAGUUCCUUCAAAAGUAUUUCCAUCGUGGAGCUUUCUUCUUGGAUGAGGAAGAGGAUGUUUUGAAGAGAAACUUCUCGGAGGCGACAAAUGACGAUCAAUUCGAUAAGACGAUUCUUCCGAAGGUUAUGCAGGUCAAAAACUUCGGAAAAGCCUCUCGAACCAAAUACACUCACUUGACGGAGGAAGAUACAACGGAUCAUCAAGGUGUUUGGGCAUCAACAAAUCAACUGAACUCUCAAUUUUACACGAAACGAGCUGCUGGAGCGCGGCCUGUUUUCGAUCGACCUGCUACCAAAAAAAGAAAGAAUUGA